UACCAGUAUCACUCUUCCCUUCUCUCCUCCGCAGUUGCAGUUUUCUCGAAGCUUCGCCAAUGGAUGCCAUAGAUUCAGUCAUCGAUCCCUUGAGAGACUUUGCUAAGGACAGUGCUCGUCUUGUGAAAAGGUGCCACAAGCCAGAUCGCAAAGAAUUCACAAAGGUUGCGUCUCGUACUGCGAUUGGAUUCGUUGUGAUGGGAUUCGUCGGGUUUUUCGUUAAAUUGAUCUUCAUUCCUAUCAAUAACAUCAUCGUUGGCGCUACUUAGGGCUGCAUGGAGGUUGAAGCAUGCAAACGAAUAGCAAUCUUAGAGGUAAGAAUAACACGAAUAUUGAGAUGCUUUACCUAUGUUCAAACAUAUGAUAUGUUUAUUUCUUUGUUACUCUCCAUGUUAAGAUUAAUACAAAUGAGAAUUUCUAAAUUUGAAAUGUCUGUUUUCUUUG